GCAUUCUAAUUCAUUAUCGAAAAUUAAGACAAACAAUUCUUUUUAUAUCAUUUGAGUGUCAUAAUUGGAUAAUUUUCUUAUAGAAACCACUUGAACUUACAAAUCAUUUUGAGAUUUAACUAAUUUGUUUUCGAAUUUUAUAGAUUGACUAAGGCUUUCUGUGAUCUAAAUAAACGUGUGUUUAUUAAAAAUAUGGCUGCAUCACAUGCUUCAUCAUUUCUUAUAUCACUUCUUAUUAGUUUAUUAUUAUUUGCAUCGAUGCAAUUAUUUCGUAUUCAACUUGGAUCAAGCCAACCAUUGACUAUUGUUGGUGGUUUUAUUGGUUCAUUGGUAUUUAUAUCGCUCUUAACGGCUAUCAGUAAUUUUGAAAUGAAUACUUUUGGACCAAAUUAUCAAGCACGAGUUUUUCCUGAAGUUGUUAUUUGUUUAUUUAUAUCAAUGAUAUGUUCUGCAUUUGUUCAUCGAGUCUGUGUAACAACAUGUUUGAUCUUCUCAUUAAUUGCACUUUAUUAUAUAAAUCGUAUUUCAACAAGUGUCUAUGGAAAUCCAAGUGUACCAGCAACAGGUUAUGCAACACAAAAUUUUUCUGUCAAAAAGAAACAAAAAUAA